GAACCAAAGAAACAAAGAAAAACAGGGGACAUCGCUGAAAAAGUGCUGCACAUCUUUUGAGGACUAUUCCACUGAUUCCUCAGGAACAUGUUGGACACGGAGACAGACGUCAACAGAUUCCUGUGAUGCCUGAUGAGACAUUUGUAAUCUCUUUCAGGGAUUAAAUUCAGGAUAAGUGAACAGUCUUGAAGAAAAGAAAAAAAAAAGGACACCAACAGCUGCAAGAAUGAGGUGAUUUUUCCCCCAGUGGAGUUUCAGCAUCAGUCACAGGAAGUGUUAAAAAGGUAGAGGUUAAGAGAUUCACUUGAAUAUUGAUGAAAAUCUUCAAGGCACCAAAAUAUUUCCUGCAUCAAAGUGUUCAAUGUUCAUUUUGGGGAAUAAAAAUUAGCAUUUCUGUUCAUUUUUGGAUAUAUUUGUUUCACAGCUUGAUUGUGCUUUUAUAAACUUCCUGAAUAAAUAACAUUUAUUUAUUCCAAUGAGACAAGUGGAUCACUUUUCCUUCUACUGAAACACCACCAAGAGGAACACUUCUAGUUCUUUUUGCAACAACAACCUCUACUCACCACCAACUCGUUUGAGUGUUAUAAACAAAUAAAAAAUAAAAGAUGGCACAUAAGGAAGGAGGAACAGAGCAGGGGUUUGUCAAGACAGGGGAGAGUCUGGGGGCCAAAGCAAUGGUCGGGGCCCCUACAGCCGGCGGAGGAGUGGUGGUCGAGGUCAGGGAGAAGAAAGGACCUCUUCGGGCGGCAAUACCCACAAUGCCUUUCCCUCUGGCUGUCAUCUGUCUGUUCCUCAACACCUUCAUACCUGGACUCGGUACCUUCAUCUCAGCGUUCACAGUUCUGUGUGGAGCGCGGUGUGAGUUGAUCUCAGAGCGUGGCGUGUGCUGCGUGUUCUGGCUCAACGUGGCAGCAGCGCUGAUCCAGGUACUGACGGCCGUCAUCAUGGUCGGAUGGAUCAUGAGCAUCUUCUGGGGAAUGGACAUGGUCAUCCUGGCAAUUUCUGAUGGCUGUCGGGACCACAGUGUCCCUCAGGACGUGUGAGGAGAGACAUCGCUCAGAUGUGGAAGACACGGACAGUUUUCGAUCGGCCGGACCUUUUGUGAUGACCUGUAAGCUGAGAGAGGCAGGAGACCUGCUGAGGAGAGCGAUUCAGUCUGAAUGAAUCAUGUGAUUGAUUGAUUUGAGUAGCUGCUGCUGAUUCAUCAGCACCGGGUCACGUUUUAUGAUUUAUGAUUCAAAUACAAAAGCAGGGAAGAAGAAGAAGAGAAAAACUCACGUGUUUGCAGUUAUGCUUUUUAAAGAUUUCUUUUUAUUUGUAGAGACUUUAGUUGAACUGCAUUUUCCCUUCAUUAUUUAGAGAAUAAAUGAAGGAAAAAUCCAUGUACAUGUGGGUAUGAGAUGGUGAUUUUUCUGUAUUUUGCCUUGUAAAUUUCCUCAGAAUCUGUGUGUUUAACAAUCACCACUGUCCCAACUGCCACUCUGCUUAAACUACAGUUACAGUAACUGGUUUUUAACAUUAGCCUCCAGUUUUCAUUAAAUUCAUUCAUUCAUAUAUUUAAUUUUAUACGACUCUUACCUAUCUGUGAUGCUUAAAAUUCAGUGUAAACGUGAUAACAACUGCGACGUUUCCAUCCUUUUUAUUACGUUUCACUGUGUAUACAACACGUCUCACAAGCUCGUCUUAUCCUCAACAUGUGCUUAUCUCACUGUUGUCCUGAACAUGUACUGUACCCUGAGAUAUCGGGCUGUGAACGUCAACUUCAUCCCUCAUGAAAUAUAAAAACCUUACACGUGUAAAUCUGUGUGAAAACAGCAUAUGCCAUACUCUUUAUAGUGUGGCAAAUACAGAUGUGCAGAUGUUCUCGACUGGCCUUUUCCCCAUGUUGAUGCCACAUUAGCUUCCUCUAACGUUAUCAGCGGCUUAUUUCCCUGAAAAAUAUCCAACCGUAUCAAAAGUCAAACAGCUUUCAAUGGAGAGAAUCAAUGUGUGUGUGUGUGUGUAAAUAAUCAGCUCAGUGACAAACCAGCUGAUUAUAACGUGUAUUGAAUCGUUUCUGCAAAUGCAAGGCAGCAUUUCUGGACUCGAGGUUGAACUCAAAAUAUUGUUGGUGCCUCUACAGAAAUCAAAAUGUAUUAUAGAACGGAUGCUGUGGUUUUUCCCCACUUUCUAGUGAUGUACUGUAACGUUUUCCCAUUUCCACUCUCCUAUGGUUUAAUUGCUUUUCUACCGUAUUUUUGUAAGACAACACUGAUGCUUUUGUUUUGACUGUGUGUGUGUGUGUGUGUGUGUGAUAAAGAGUACGAUGUGUGUAAUCCUGAUGAUAAUUUAUAUUUACUUUAUAAAUGACCAGUGUUUGCCCACCAAGUGUUUUUGUCGCAGUGGAGUUGGUUAUACUUCAUGGAUUUAUUGAUUAUAGAUGUGAAAUAGCUCUACAUACGGACUCUGUUGUGAGGGGAGGAGACAAAGUGCUCUGUAAUGUUGUUGUGUUUUUUUUUUGACUGUAGGAUGAACAAAAUUCAGUUUUCUGCAUGCAAAUAUUUGAUGUUAAAUGUAUGAAAUAUCACGCACAACCACAUAUAUUGAUGACAAAUAUACAAUCUUGCUAUGAAAAACUCUUGCUUGUAAUUAUUUAAUAUUUUCUAUCAUUAGGUCCAACAGUAUUGGUUCUAAUUAAUGGAGUUGUUUCUUGUCAACUCUGCACACGGCAGACAUGAGCGGGUGUUGAUGUGAUAACCCAAGUAUUCUUGUGGUGAAAACAUUAACUUUCAUUUCCUUUUUAUUUAUGUUUUUGUCACCGCAGUGAAGGCUUGAGUUUCUCCUUAAAGCAUUCAUUAACUAGACUCAUAAAGGCUUUUUUUUUUUUAAACUUAAAAGUAUCUUGAUUUUUCAAUCUUUGCACGCAGUGGCACUCCUUUGGUUUGCAAUCAGGGGAAAAAAAGCAUAUGUUUGUGUGAAUACAUAAUUAAUAAACAUGCCUCUUUGAAUGUGGCUGAGCUUG